AUGCCCACCAAGAUCAACGAGUCCAAUUCCACCCUCGCCAGCACCGCCAGCAGCGGUGGCCGAGUCGUCAUCCCAGACAUUCGCGGAGGCUCCAAUGCCAUUCCGCGCCGUACGCAACCGCCCGUCGUCGUGCACAACCAGGGCGGCCAGAUCUACGACGAGACCCGGCCCGCCGACUGGGACAAGCAGCGGUGGAAGUAG